UUCAGACAUUUUUGAAACACAAUCAAAAGCUCAUCUCUCUCUCUCUCUCUCUCUCUCCUUCUUGGGAAUGAAAUGGAAGCAAUAAGGAAGCAAGCUACGAAGCUCAGGGAACAGGUUGCUAAACAACAACAGGAAGUGUUCAAGAGGUUUUCUGGUGGGCUUGGAGGCUCAGACAAUGGUGUCACUAAUGAAGCAGAGCUGCAGCAGCAUCAGAGACUUGAAAAGCUUUACAUUUCGACUCGUGCUGGAAAGCACUUCCAAAGGGAUAUUGUUCGAGGUGUGGAAGGUUACAUUGUCACUGGAUCAAAGCAAAUUGAAAUUGGUACUAAGUUGUCUGAAGAUGCCAGAAAAUACGGAGGUGAAAACACUUGUACCAGCAGUAGUACACUAUCCAAAGCUGCACUAAGUUAUAGCGUAGCUCGGGCUCAAAUUGAAAAGGAACAAGAUAAUCUACUCAAGGCAUUUGGAACACAGGUUGCUGAGCCUUUAAGAGCAAUGGUUGUGGGAGCUCCUUUGGAGGAUGCUCGACAUCUUGCUCAACGGUACGAUAGAGUGAGGCAGGAAGCCGAAUCCCAGGCUAUUGAAGUUUCCAGGCGUCAAGCUAAAGCGAGGGAAUCUAAUGGCAAUCCAGAUUAUAUGUCCAAGUUGGAAUCUGCAGAAACAAAGCUUCACGAACUAAAGUCAAAUAUGGGGAAAUUGGGGAAAGAAGCUUCUGCUGCAAUGGCUGCUGUCGAAGCUCAACAACAAAGAUUGACCCUUCAGCGACUCAUAGCCAUGGUUGAGGCGGAAUAUAGUUAUCAUCAACGGGUUCUUCAGAUACUCGAUCAGCUCGAGGCAGAGAUGUUAUCAGAGCGUCACGGUAACGAAACUGUUCCCAAUCGACCCACGAGUAAUGCUGCACCUCCUCCACCGCCAUAUAAUGAAGCUAGCGGUGGAUUUUCGUCUCAAGUGUAUGACACGUCAGCAGAUGGGGCUAGUUACUUCUUGGGAGAGGUCAUGCAUCCCUAUCGAGCUGAAUCAGAUGUAGAGCUCACUUUGUCAGUUGGCGACUACAUUGUUGUACGAAAGGUGCUAAAUAAUGGUUGGGCUGAAGGCGAGUGCAAAGGGAAAGCGGGUUGGUUCCCUGUCGGGUAUGUGGAAAGACGAGAACGCGUUCUUGCAAGCAAAGUGGCCGAAGUUUUUUAAGCCUCGGUUUUAAGCCAACGUUCAUACAGUUAUCUUGAACAUGUUCCAUCAAACCUUGUUUGUUCCAUUUCUGGUGUCCCAUGUUUCAGUCCCCCCCCCCACCACCACCUUUCUCCUACUCAAAUGACAGCCCAAACUUUUCCUUUGAAUGUGAUGCUAAAGUAGUGUGAAAGGCUUCAAAAGUCAAAACAGGCAGUCUUAGAAUUAUACUACAACAACAUUGUACUUUUUGGCCAGAUUUAUUUUCUGGGUUUUGUUGAAUACUAUUUUGUGUUUUCUUUAAGGUUGUAGCUACAAGGAUCAAACUCUGAUAGCCUCCAUUCUUGAACAGAAUGGGCAUACUGCUGCCACAUGCUCCAAAGCAUUAUUUUAACUUA